UUAACGUUAGCUAUUUCAAUGACUUGUUUUUUGGGCCCAUAAAUGCUUUAUUUUUUAUCUGAAGCAUGGCCAUCCCUAUAGCCAUCUUGGACUGUGAUCUACUCCUGCAUGGUCGAGGCCACAAGACCCUUGACCGCUUUGACCUGGACUCAGUCUCAGACAGUUUCCUCAUCACGCAAUUUGGCUUCCCCAGAGACUUUAUCUUGUAUCUGGUGGAAUUACUCAGAGAGGGUCUAUGCAGGCGAACCCAGCGCUCCAGAGCCAUCAGUCCUGAGGUCCAGGUGCUGGCCGCACUGGGUUUCUACACAUCAGGUUCAUUCCAGACAUCUAUGGGGGAUACGAUCGGUAUAAGCCAGGCGUCAAUGUCGAGAUGUGUGUCCAAUGUGACGAGAGCCCUGGUGGAGAAAGCACCUCAGUUCAUCACGUUCAACAGAGAUUUAUCCACUGUAGAGCAGUCCUUCCGGGAGUUUCAGAGGGUCGCAGGAUUUCCUGGAGUCCUGGGGGUGCUGGACUGUGUUCAGGUGGCCAUCAAAGCACCAAACAGCGAAGACUCCUCAUACGUGAAUAAGAAGGGCUUUCACUCUGUGGCCUGUCAGCUGGUUUGUGAUCCCCGGGGACUGUUACUUAGCGCAGAAACGCACUGGGCAGGUGGACUCCAAGACACUGUUGUUCUAGAAAGAUCUGCUCUUUACAAACAGCUGCAGGACACAGAGCAGGGCUGGCUGCUGGGUGACAGCCGUUACCCUUUGAGGAAAUGGCUGAUGACGCCAGUUGACUGCCCAGAAUCCCCUGCAGAGUUUCGAUACAAUCUGGCCCACGCGGCUACACGUGAGAUCGUGGAUCGAACGUUCAGAGCCAUCCAAACCAGAUUCAGAUGUUUAGAUGGCACCAAAGGAUACUUACAGUACUCUCCAGAGAGGAGUUCAUCCAUCCUGCUGGCCUGCUGCGUUCUCCACAACGCCUCCUUGCAGUCUGGAUUAGACGCCUGGACUCUGGAAAGAACAGAGCCUCUCGAGCAGCCAAAGAGCCUCAACCAGAGACCCGAGGACCGUGACAGCCAGGCAGAGGAUCUUCGAAGGCAGCUCAUAUUCAAACACUUCAGCUGAAGCUGUGGGGGUUAAACGGGACGAAGACUGAGACCAGUGCAAAGCUCAAUAUCACAAGAAACACAUUUAAAGCAAGAACGUCCACCGACACGCUGUUGCUGAUGCAGUUUUUUAAUAUUUUGCUGGAUUCUACUCUACUGACUAUACUAAGAUAACAUAGAUAUAUUUAUGUAUGGAGAAACAUGCAAGACGCUAUACAACAAACCAAGGCGACAUAUCCAUACACAUUUCAAAUAAGUGAACUCCCUGGAAAUGCUUGAUUAUUCCCUCAGGACAUUCAAAUAGAUUCCAAAUCUUCAUGGAGUGGUUGGAAUAAUCAAGCACCUCCUGGUGUUUGACAACUAUUCAAACUGUGCAGCUGCUUCGUCAUCCAGGUUUCUUUACAAGUUGAAAAAAAAAAUCACCCACCCCAUUAUUUAUUUUUUUAAAUCCCACCCCUCUAAUUUUCUUUUCCCCAUUAGAUUCCACAGGUUAAGAUCUUGGACUAUGUCACAAUACAAAAACAAGACCCUUAUUUACAACAACUGCACAUUAAGUUGUCUUUUUUUUUUAUGUACAUCGGUGCAUUAAGACUCACGGGUGAAAAUGACAGGCUGCAGUCACAUGAUUUUCUUCUUUUUUUCUUUUUUUUGGAGCAUGUGCGGCAUGACGGAACAGUCACAACGUGAAACAGAUACAGACGACGUGAGUAAGAAAAGGAGAAAAUCUGUGGUAGCGAAAUUUCUGGCGCUUAAAAUUGAUUUUGAAGUGGCAGAACGUUCUUAAAGGAUUUAAAUAAUGGAUAAGGCUUUUAUUUUGAAGGAAUACCGGUCAUUAAGGGUGUUUUUUCC